CGAGCGGACACCACAGGCCAGCGGUUCGAAGAGAAAGGUUUUGCUCUACCCCAACGCGGCACCCUCGGUCAAGUCGACUUUCUUCGUGUGAUCUCACAGACCGACGACGCGAUGAAGGCAGCGCUGGUCCUCGCGGUCAGCUUGGCCGCCCUGGCCCUCGUGUCGUGCGCCGACGAGCCGGAGACCGCUUCCACCGAGGCACCGGCUGCGCCCAGCACUGAACAGCCGGUCGCCGAGCCGGCUGUCGACGACAAAGAUAAGAAGACCGAAGGCAAGGAGAAGGUUGAGGGUCGCGGUGGCAUCUUUGGAGCUGGGUUUGGCGGCUACGGACCUGGCGUAGGCAUUGGAUACGGCGGCCUCGGCUACGGCGCUGGUCUUGGCUACGGCGGUUACGGCUAUCCUGGUGUCGGCUAUGGAGGCCUCGGCUACGGCGGUGGUCUUGGCUACGGUGGUCUCGGCUACGCACCAGGAUACGGCGUGGGCUACGGAAGUCUUGGCUACGGACGCCUCGGCUAUGGAGGUCCCGGCUACGGCGGUCUGGGUUACGGUGGGCUCGGCUACGGUGGUCUCGGCUACGGCGGAGUCGGCUAUGGGGGUCUGGGCUAUGGUGGCCUCGGUUACGGUGGUGCUGGCUACGGUGGUUACGGAGGCAGAUACUACGGCGCCGGCCGCGGUUACGGCCAGGGUGGCUUCAACUACGGCGGCGGCGAGGCCCAGAAGCGCGUGUACGGCCACACUUCUACCUACGGUCAGACGUCCACUUACGGACUGCAGGCAAACGCCGGCAGCGCGUAUGGUGCGGGACACCAGGCUGGCGGAGCUGGCUACGAGAAGUCGGCCCAAGAAGGAGGAGCGGUCGGCGGACAGUACGGCGGCCAACACGUCGCAGGCGUCGGAGGCCUCGUUGUCUGAAACCCACCACCCGCAUAGAUAGUAGCUUGCCUCAUCCUGCUCCUACCGGGUCUGCGACGGACAAAGAGGAGCUGGAUUCUUCACCAACACUGCCUGUCAGCGGACUUCAAUCAUCUUUUUAAAACAAACUCGCUUCGAAAUGAAAUUUGGGCAUAUCACGAAAGAUAACGCGUCACAAGAGGCCGGUCCAUCUUUGGUGGUCGCAUGAAGGACCUUGUCCGACGGUGAAUACUCUUGUUUGAAUAAAUGUUCCUGUUUUCCAUAA